AUGUCCUUCUUCCGGAGUCAACCCGAUGUAGAGACACGCUUGUGUACGGCGGUCAACGUCGCUAUUCAAACUGGGGAUCCGUAUCAACUACAGUCGAUUGUGCUUCUGGAGCCAGGUGAAGGCAAUGCUUUUCCACCCGAUCAUCAAGAACUCAUUAAAUCCUUGCAGCAGAAUUAUCCUGCUAGCAAUGGAGAUUCUGAGAAACGUCUUGAAGAUCUUGUCAGACGGGUUGUGACCGAGACAGCAGAGUCAGAGGAUGAGGAGGGUAGACCAGUACAGUCUUGGGGUUCGUUGGUUACUUUUCUCGUCGGAUGGAUGACCUUUCUCCGAGAUGUAGACGCAGAGAAUUUGGUUUUGGUGUUUGAGCUGAUGACAGAUCUUCAACCGCGAGCAAACAGCGCCUUACAGCAUCCUACUAAAGGCAUCCUGAUGCUUCCCACUAUCAUGUACUAUGCAAAGGUAUUUGCAAGAGUGGCGAUUGGACUAGAGAAGCGGCCCGAUCUGACAAUGCAUCUCAUCACUACCGACGUCGACGAGGAUGGGCAAAGUGAAUCAUUGCCCGAAAGGGCGGCCAACAUUGUACGACAGGCCUUCAUUAUAUGCCUCAAUGACCGUAAUACGGUGCCAGGCGGCAUCAAAGACGGCAAACCUGAUGGAAAGAAGGUUGGAAUCUACAAAAUGGCAAAUAUAUGUUUGAAGACUUUAUUUCAGGCCGAUAAGCUUGGAAGCUGCGAAACCAUCUUCAACAACAUAUCCAACUCAUCACCACCACUACACAUUUAUCCAGCUGCGGAACGCAUCACCUAUCUCUACUACCUCGGGCGGUACCAAUUCAGCAACACCAACUUCUACGGAGCUCAGCUCGUUCUGGAACUAGCUUACAGAGGCUGCCACAGGCAAUGUCCGAGUCAACGUCGCUUGAUUGCCGUCUGCCUUGUCGCUGCCAACAUCAUCCUUGGGCGUUUCCCAAAUGAACAUAUCUACAAUGACCCUGCAUGCGUGGGCUUCCGCGAAGUAUUCGAACCGCUCACUCGUGCAAUUCGCAAGGGCGACCUCGAAACUUUCCGUCGGAUAACGAACCUGGACCUUUCACAUCCAAGUGCAGAGUUCAUGAUCAAGUACCGGAUUUUCUACCCUAUUGGUAACUAUUGCGAGGUUCUCGUAUGGUGGUCACUUCUUCGUAAGACUUUCAUCCUCACCGGAAGCAUAGGAGAAGCAUCAAAAUCAGCAGCUUUGCUCGACCUCAACGCAGCCGUUCUUAUCUUCCGCUUCCUUGAGGCGCGUUCGCUCAUCAAGAACGCCGCCAUGGCCGCGCAAGACCGCGGCCCAGGUCGUCGUAACUUCGGUCAUAUUUUUCAAGACCACGCUUCAACAAAUAAGUCAACAUACAUCGACCCUGAUUUCGUUGGCAUGGAGGGGGUGCAGCCAUACACCCAUGAGUUCGAUCUAUUGGAGAUGGAGUGCAUCUGCGGCAGCCUCAUUACUCAAGGCUAUUUGAACGCAUACAUUGCUCAGGCGAAGCAAAAGCUCGCUAUUCAAGGUGUAAAGACGGGUAACCUGAGUGCAGGAUUUAUCAAUCCGUGGGAGGUCAACAAAGACAGAAACAAGGAUGAGGUGCUUGGAUGGAAGAAAGAAGCUGGAGGUGAUGGAGGGCAGGUUGUCAGGCUGUCGUUCGCGGCACCGGCUGGAUCGUAG